GCAUAUCAAAGGGUCGAAAAAGAUUGGUGUGGUCCUAUAUAUUCAAGAGAGGACUGUAUCAAGAGAAGAGUUAAAGACACAAAUAACAUAAAAGGAGGAAAGCGAUCAAGAUGUAUAGUCGAGGUGAUGAUUCAACAAAACCGAUGAUGAUGAUGAUGAUGUGGUUCUUGGGGAUGUUACUGUUUUACAUGGUGGCCGAGUCAGAUGCUCAACUGUCUGAGAAUUAUUACUCCUCCACAUGCCCUAACGUGGAGAGCAUCGUUCAGCAGGCGGUUGCUACAAAAUUCCAACAAACUCCCACGACGGCUCCGGCAACGCUACGUAUAUUCUUUCACGACUGCUUCGUCGAGGGAUGUGAUGGCUCUGUUUUGAUAGCAUCUGAGAAUGAAGACGCAGAGAAGGACGCGCCGGACAAUAAAUCUCUCGCCGGAGACGGAUUCGACACUGUGAUUAAAGCUAAAGCCGCUGUAGAAGCUCAAUGUCCCGGCGUUGUGUCAUGUGCCGAUAUACUAGCUCUUGCCGCGAGAGACGUCGUCGUGCUCGUUGGAGGGCCAGGGUUUAAGGUGGAGCUAGGGAGACGAGACGGGCUCGUGUCCAAGGCGUCUAGAGUGACCGGGAAGUUACCUGAACCAGGGCUUGACGUGAGAGGUUUAGUCGAGAACUUCGCUCGUAACGGGCUUUCACUUACCGACAUGAUUGCUCUCUCAGGGGCACACACGAUUGGAUUCUCUCACUGCAACCGUUUCGCCAACCGUCUCUACAACUUCUCGACGUUCAUGCCUGUGGAUCCUACGCUUGACCCGGCCUACGCACAACAGCUGAUGAGUUCCUGCCCUCGUAGUGGCGGGAACCCAGCCCAAGUUGUAGAAAUUGACCUAACCACCGGACGUGUCUUCGACAAUUUAUACUACCAGAACCUAGUGGCUAGGAAAGGCCUUUUCACCUCCGAUCAAGUUCUGUUUGACGAUCUCUCGACUCAGUCCAUAGUGAUGAGGUUUGCUAACAACGCCGGAGAAUUCUACGCCGCUUUUAUAUCUGCUAUGAGGAAUCUUGGCCGCGUUGGGGUUAAAGUUGGGAACCAAGGAGAGAUUCGAAGGGAUUGCUCUGCUUUCAACUAGCUUUUUACCGACCGGAUGUUUAAUACAUAAAACAUUUAAGGCCUCAAGGUUUUGAUUUAAGCUUUGCUAUAUUAAAAUGUAAUCAUAAUCCACAAUAUGGAACUUAUUAAAAUUGUAGUGGUUGAGCUAUUUGUCAGGAUUACUCAGAUCCCAAACAUUAUUUGAAAACAAUUUAUUUCA